CAGCACUAUGUGGGAACGUGAUCACAAGUGUUGUGAAACUUAUCAGGGAAAGGCAAAUUAGGCGUGGAAACGAAGGAAUCUAAUCAAAGUUUCACCAUUACAAGUCUACCGGUUAACCAAAGUUUAAACAUGGUGUUGUCGAUGGAUCGUUGGAAGGGCAAAACUGCCAUCAUCACAGGUACCAGUGCAGGAAUUGGUGCAGCCAUCGCUAAAGCCCUCGUCCAAGAAGGCCUACAAGUUGUAGGUCUGGCUAGACGCGUUGAGCGCGUAGAAGAACUCGCCAAGCAGUUGGAAGGAGCAAAAGGAAAACUUCAUCCACUCAAAGCCGACGUAACCAAAGAAGAAGACAUUUUGGCAGCUUUCGACUGGACAUCCAAAAAUUUAGGCCCAGUUCAUAUCCUAAUUAACAAUGCAGGAAUAGUUCAACAAACCACCUUGGUUGAAGGAGAGACCGAAAAAUGGAAGAAAGUUUUUGACACUAAUGUUCUUGGUUUGUGCGUGGCUACAAGGGAAGCUGUUAAAGUAAUGAAAGCUAAUAAGAUCGAUGGCCAUAUUAUCCACAUCAACAGCAUUGCCGGCCAUUCCGCGAUUAAUAUUCCUGGUGUCAACGUAUAUCCAGCUUCCAAGCACGCGGUGACGGCGCUAACAGAGACCCUAAGGCAGGAAUUAAACCAUCUGGGUCUUAAAAUCAGGAUCACGAGUGUUAGUCCUGGUGGUGUCAGUACUGAAAUUGCUCAAACUAACAACUUUAAGCCAGAUCCUGCAGUAAUGGAGAUGAAUAGAAAUGUUUCGCCAUUGGAAUCGGAAGAUAUAGCUGAUUCUGUUAUGUAUGUGUUGUCUACACCUCCACAUGUCCAGGUUCAUGAGCUGAUUAUCAAACCUGUUGGAGAAAAACUGUAAAUAAAAUAAAGAUAUUAUUCACUGUGUAUAUUAUUGCAGAAAUAAAUAAAUAAAUAUUUAAAUAAACAAUUAAGAUUA